AUGUCAAGCACGGUGCCCCCGAUCUCAGCCAAGCAGCCCACUACCGAAUCCGCCCCUGCUAUCUGGAGACUUCGGUUCUCCCUUCUUGCAAUAUGUGGACUUCUCGCGAGUGCGGUGCCAUUCGCGAAAGGGGCAGAGGAGUGCGCCGCCGCAACGAACGGGUGCAAGGCAGACGCUGACUGCUUGGAGUGUUUGACCAUUGAGGCGCUGCCGACAGCCUGCGCCCCUAUCGCAACGACCUGUGCAGAGUGGUGGGUGAUGACCUGCUGCAUGUACGGGAACUCGGACGCUUGCCAGGAGAAUGAGCUUCUUCUCAACCAUCUUCAGUGCCUGGCGGAAGGGAACGACUGCGCUAUCGACGCAGUGUGCCCGACACUUGUCAGCGACGGGGACGAAAUCAACAACGAUGUCGACGGCGCUGCCGAUUCCUCGAUCGAGUUGCCGUGGGCUAUUGGACCCGAGGACGGCCUAGUGUGCACGGACGAGCUGGCGGCCUGCAUGAACGAAUCGGAGUGCUCCGGAUGCAUUCCGGCGGUGCUACCCGAGGGGUGCUCUGCUGGCAGUGAUGCAGGCAUCACCUGCGAUUAG